GACUACGAACUACAUGAAGUCUUGGGAAGAGGAGGAUUCGGAGUAGUCCAUAGAGCUAUCAGUAGAUGUAAAGGAUCGUUUGGUCAAGAAAUUGCAAUUAAAAUGAUUGAUAAAGGCUUGAUGAAAGCUGCCGGAAUGACUAGAAGAGUAGCAAACGAAGUAGAGAUCCACUGGCAGCUGCACCACCCAAGCAUUUUAGAGCUUUACAACUACUUUGAAGAUGCUAAAUGUGUAUACCUCAUUAUGGAGUUUUGUAAAAAUGGUGAACUGUUUGCAUAUAUUCAUAAACGACCACAUUUUGUACUAUCAGAGCCAGAGGCUCGCGGCAUUCUCAUGCAACUGGUUAGAGGCCUUCAAUAUAUGCAUUCCAACAACAUUUUGCAUCGGGAUCUCAAACUUUCUAAUUUGCUUCUGACACAUACAUUUGAUUUGAAACUUGCUGAUUUUGGACUUGCCACUAGAUUGGAUAAUAGAGACGGUGAGCAGAAAACAAUGUGUGGUACUCCAAACUAUAUAUCUCCUGAAAUAGUUUCACGGCAUUCGUACGGACUGGAAACAGACCUAUGGUCUUUUGGUUGCAUGAUUGUCACAAUCCUAACAGGCGCUCCACCUUUUCAAAGUGGGGCCGUCAAAAGCACAUUGGACAAAGCGAGUCGAUUGGAAUACUCAUUGCCAAACAGCAUUUCAUUUGAAGCUAGAGAUUUGAUUGAUAAGCUAUUGCAAUUGGACCCAAAACAGCGGAUUUCUCUUUCUCAAGUAUUACAGCAUCCGUUUUUUGAAAUUGGAAAACCU